CGCAACGGGCUUUUCUAAUGGCGGCGUACAUGGUUUUGGCACGUUCUCGAGCAGCCAAUUAGUUCUGCACGUAAAACAGGUUAGUUCUUUUAUAUUAUGAAGCCAGCAGGGCCCGUUUUUUACAUUUUAAGGAAUGUAAAUUUCAAAUUUACUCAAAGAGUUCGGAGUUCGUAUGCCCAGAAACCCGGGAGAUGGGAACUCUUACCGUGUCGCGGGAAGUCAAGCGUCUCGGCGGUGGAUUCCUCGUGGAGGCCCGAGAGAAUAGUUCCCAAAACAUUGGCGGAAUAUCAGUACAUGAAAUCGCUGCUCCCUGUCCAACCUGAGAGCCCGAGGCUUCUUCGGGUGGCGAUAGUCGGAGAACCAAACGUCGGCAAAUCCACUCUCAUAAACGAGCUGAUGAGAUGGAAAGUGUGCUCGGUCUCCAAGAAAGUCCACACCACAAGGCACAACGCGAAGGCUGUCUUCAUCGACGGGGACACGCAAAUCGUGUUUCUGGACACGCCAGGCAUCGUAGACCUCAAACACAGCAGAAAGCACCAUCUGGGAGCCACGAUGGUGGUCGAUCCGGAGCAUGCCCUCCUCAACGCCGACGCAAUCGGGGUGAUGGUGGACGCAUCCGAUCACUGGAGGCGCCAGCGCAUUGAGGAGAACCUCUUACGACUACUCAGAUUUAACGAGAACAAGCAGUCAUUUCUGAUUGUUAACAAAGUGGACCUCCUGCGGUCGAAAAGGCAGCUCUUAGAAUGCAUUCACUCAUUAACCGAAGGAGUAGUGGGAGGAGUACCGACGAGACGUCAGAAACCAAGGAACCCCAAGAUCAACGCGGACGACCUCUUUUCCAAAACGGAAGCGAAACUGAGGGGCCGAGAGAUCGAGGACGAAGCACAGGGUAGUAGUCAGGAGAGCUCGACUGAGCCACACAACGGCUGGCCAAACUUCUCCGAGGUCUUUAUGAUAUCGGCCCUGAACAACGACGGGGUGGAUGACUUGCGGAGUUACCUGCUGCAGGCGGCUCGACCGAGUGAGUGGAUGUACCCCAAGGAGCUGGUCACCGACCAAAACCCCCACGAAAUUGCAACCAUGAUUGUGCGUGAGAAGAUCCUGAAUUACCUUGCCAAAGAAGUGCCGUAUAACCUGAACAUAUCUGUAACUAUGUGGGAUGUGGACAGUUCUGGAGUGCUGCACGCCGUCAUCACCAUUCAGGGGCACCAAGACCGGUACAUUAAGUAUGCCAUUGGUGACAAGGGCAAGACGAUACAGAAAAUUGCGGCAGAGUCCCGGCAGGACCUGGCAUCCAUCUUUCAUUGUGACGUCUCACUCAAGCUGGUCGUCAACAGAUUGUAGGAAUGUUUGACACCUUGUACUAUACAAGCCUACUAAGUCUUGCACAAGAUAGUAAAUCAACUGGCCCAUCCUUGAACCAAAAGCUAGGGCAUAAAUGAGAGUUAAACUGACAUCUGGAAUAAAAGUUUAUGACUAAUUGCUAGGCAA